AGGCUCUAAUGCGUGUCUCGUUUCCAUGAAACCGCUCAUUGUUCAUCCAAACGUGAGUGAAUAUUUGUUGGUCUAAUUUCAAAUUCAAGGAGAUACACGGGCAGAGGCGCGCGCCAUGAUGUAAAUUUCCCCGUGCUUGCUGCUGCUGCUGCUGCGCCCCCGUACGAGAACGCGCUCCCUGGCUGUCAUCAGUACAUCAGCAUCUUCCGGGCGGCGCGCAGAGAAACGGGAGGAGGAGGACGGAGAAAGAGAGAGCGAGAGAGCGAGAGAGAGAGAGAGAGAGAGAGAGAGAGAGAGAGAGAGGGAGAGUAGACAUACUGGAUAAAGGCUACGACAAAAAAAACAUGAUGAUAAUAGAGUCGAGGCGGUGGAGGAUGUCGGAUUUACGAGAAAGGACUGCUGAAAUUUGACAGAGGGCUCGUGUUGAAACCUGUUCACGGGUUUUUUUUUUGUUCGUUCUGUUUGAUUUCCACAUGCUGCGUGGACAUUGAAGGUGAAGCAGAAGAAGGGGACCCCCCCCACCCCCACGGAUGCCUCGGUAGGUAAAAUACGGGGUUCACCGCUGGCAACAAGACGCAUCUCAUCUCGCGGAUGGUAAUAAAGGACAUCCUGAAGAUAGCUCUGGACUGAUGGAUGAAGAUGAAACACAGCUUUAACCUCCCGCCACCCCCACCCUCCACCCACUGUGAAAGAAAGAAAAUCCCGUUUUGAUGGAUUUUUUUGAAUCAUUCAUGGUGUAGCCCUGGGGAAACGAGCCUUACACAGCAAUGUUGAAUCACUGGUCUUGGUAAAUUAUUCAUUAGCGGUGUAGGUAGGCUAUGAUUUUGUAUUGCUUCAAUGUAGCAUCCCCCACCCCCGCCCCCCCACCCAUUCGUUUAUACAAUGUUUUGUCUUGUGAUAGCACAUUUGCAGGUAACAUUUUUAUCGUGUUGUGAUGUAGGCUCAUAUGACAGCCUGUAACAGCCACAUAAGAAAUAGCCAAAGUGGGGGAUUUUAUUUAGGGUAGGAAAGCUUUGAUAUAGAGAAUGUAAAAAAAUACAAUACCUGGGAAGUGAGGGGUGUCGAGCUGUCUGGGCUAUUAUUAUUUUUUUAAUGAUUUAGGUUACAUUCAUUUUCUUUCUUGUGAGAUUCUAAAGAGGAGGAGGACGGGGGUGGGAAGAGAGAUAUAAAGAGAGAGAAAAAACAAAAAAAAAAAAACGACCAAACAUGUUGCCUUCCCAAGAAGCCUCCAAGAUCUACCAUGACAAUUACAUGCGCAAUUCCCGGGCCAUCGGUGUGCUGUGGGCCAUCUUCACCAUCUGCUUCGCCAUUGUCAACGUGGUGGUGUUCAUCCAGCCCUACUGGAUCGGCGACAGCGUCAACACGCCGCAGGCCGGCUACUUCGGCCUCUUCCACUAUUGCGUGGGCACCGGGCCGUCGCCCAACCGGGAGCUCACCUGCGUGGGAAGCUUCUCCGACUUCAGCUCCAUCCCGUCCGGAGCCUUCAAGGCGGCCUCUGUGUUCGUGCUGCUGUCCAUGGUGCUGACCCUCAGCUGCAUCGCCUGCAUGGCGCUCUUCUUCUUCUGCAACACCUCCACCGUUUACAAGACCUGCGCCUGGAUGCAGCUGCUGUGCGGAGUGUGCCUGGUGCUGGGUUGCAUGAUCUUCCCCGACGGAUGGGACGCCGAGGUGAUCCGGGACAUGUGCGGGGAGCAGGCGGGGAAAUACUCCCUGGGCGAUUGCUCUGUACGCUGGGCCUAUAUGCUGGCCAUCAUGGGCAUCCUGGACGCCCUCAUCCUCUCCUUCCUGGCCUUCGUCCUGGGCAACCGGCAGACAGAUUUCUAUCUUGAUGACUUGCAGACAGACAACAAAGAUUUUGCUGUGUCAAGGAUUGAGGUGCGGGACAGAAGAGAGCCAAGGUAUGGAGUGCAGCGUCUUCACUGAGACAACAAUGACACUGGACAACAUAACCUGUCUUCUCUUCUCUUUUCUUCUACAAUUAUUUCUUUCCCUCUCCUCCCCACCUCAAUUCUCUUCUCUCCAAUGAUCAGGAUAUCACCCAAUCUUAAUGCAGACACCAAGUCUACAGGAUUCUGUAAGAUGAAAAACAAAACAAAAAAAAUGCACUGGUAAAACUAUAUUUUCGAAAAAAGGAAAAUUAUACAAGGUUGUACAGUGCAUUUAACACUUGACUUUCUCAACGAAUACCUUUAUGAUGGAAAAAAAAGAUUUACUGUAUUUGAAGUCUUGAUUUGUGUGAGAAAUUCAACCCUUACGAUGAAGAACCAUAAUGUCCAUCUAUGAUUUAUUAACAAUUUAUUUCAAAUCUUGCUAUUUAAUGACUAUGAGUUUGUGUGUUGUGUACAUGCAUUGCUUCAGAAAGCAAAUUCUUGAUACUCCUGGUACACUGAUGAGAGUCGAGACUCGCAAUACAGCGGCAAGUCCAUAACUAAACGUUCAAAGCACUUCAACACUGACUUGAAUGGCUCUUCAUCUAAGGACUUUCAAAUGUGAGGAAUUUAAAGGAGUACCCCAUCGCAGCUUUACAGAACCUAACAUCUCUGGGAGAUUCUCUACUGUACAUACUUAACAAUGUAAAUAACUUUACUGCUGACAGAAACAGCCGACAACAAAACCUCAUCUGAUUCUAAUGCAUUCAAGUAUAGUAUUUAUGACCUGGUUUCAGUGUUCCUUGUGCCAGAAGAGCAUCGGAGUAUGUGCAAAUCCAUUGUGUUUAUAUGACUCCACACAACUGAGUGGGUGGGAUUAGACAGAUGGGAAUAAAAUGGCUAUCUUUGCUGGAUAUUCCACAGAAAAGCAGGGGGCUGUGAAUCCAAUUGAUUGUGUAUUACAAUUUUUUUGACACACAAAAAGAAAAAAAAAAAUCACGCUUUCCCUGCAUCAACCCGGCCUCAAAACACGCCUUCUAUUGUAGUAUUCCACCCUACAGUAUAUAGUAAAAAGUUGAAUUGCUGAACUGAAUUGCAGCUGUCCAUGUCAGACUUAGCAAUCAUGGUGUUUUUUUCAGUUCACUUAAUUUUACUACCCUUUUACCAGUGUGCAGUUUACUCCAGUAUAAGGUUCCAGCAUACAGUGAUCAGUUUACUCUACAGAUGUCUUAAGACCGUGUGAAUAUGGCUGUAUGAGUCGGCCUUCUCUCAGAGGGAAGCCCCAAGUGCUGCAUUGUGCUAAGGUGAUGUCACUUAUUUGCUUUUUUGAAUAAGCUUGUACAAGUCAUAGGGAUUAUUAAUGUGACAAAAUCACAGCACAUAACCCCCAAAACAAAGACAAAGGUCCUUAAAGAGGACUGAAUCACCUUGAAUUGUUUCCUCUGUAACAUGAGUAUUAGUCAGCAGAAUAUACUGUUACUUGGUGUCCUACCAUUGAAUCCUUGCAACCAUGUUAGAUUCACAUGUUUAUCUUCUUAUGGGCAGGGCCGUAGCCAGGAUUUUAGAAACAUUGAGAGAUUAAGAGUCCAAGUCUUUCCAAGGCACUGCUCCCAUCCCCCUGAUAAAAGUAGCCUCAAAGUAGCCCAACUGAAAUAUACUGGGUCUCAUGCAAGAACAUUUUAAAAUAAUACUUCUUUUUUUCUGUAAGGAUUGUCAUAGGAGCGUUCCUCGACAGAUUAAGCAAACUUGUAAAUAUCAUCCUGAUGAAGAGGUGAACGCUAACGAGCGUCAUCAGCAUAACACGUCAAUCCUAACCCCUGACCCUUUCAACCCAAACCUAACCCAAAUCGAAAAACUUUACCAAUGAAUAAAAAUAAUUAUCUUGCGUUCAAGUUCUGCUAUUGGAAAUCACUGGGCAAAAAAACAUGUUUAUCAGUUUAUCAGUAUGGUCGUAUUGUAAAAGAACCCCCAAAAAAAAUUAGCUGCCAACAACGUGACAUUAGAGCAGAGCAGUACCGUCAAGCAAUACAGUAAAGAGAGAAUUGUUUGAGUGAGAUGCUAAACACAUGUCUAGCUAAAGCAAAGCUGACCAUGACUGAGAGGGAGGUGAAAGAUUGCUGGGACAAUAUUGUACGGCAGCAGAUGUUACUAUGUUGUGUGGAACAGGGGAUGUUCCCCUGGACCUGCUAAAAACCUUGAGGCAGUUUACAGAGUGAGAAACUACAGCAUAAAAAAUAUAUAUUUUUUUUUUCGUUUCAGUAAAUUGGCAAGGGAUAUUUCAAUUUUUAUUGAUUUCAGCAACACAUUUGAACUUCUUAUUCAUUCAAAUCAAGGCAUUAUAAUUUGUAAUGGACCACUUGUAAAUUUUGUUCGUGCCUGAAAUGGAAUUUAUUAAUUAAUUUACUUCUGUUCACGCUUUACCAAUGAUUCUAGCAUGAGGCCCAUUAAGUCUAAUACAACUCGAAUUAGCCUAAAAUAGCCACCAUGUGGUACAGUAUCAACAUAACACAAAAUAAUGUCAAAGUAAAACUAUCCUUUAUGUAGCAUUGUGACAUGCCACCGAUACCACCCAGAUAAUUGUUGCUCCAACAACAAUGUACCUUGAUGUAGCACUCCAGACAAAGCCACCGGUGUCAGGGGUUGUGAUCAAAACCCUUCAGACAUGAAUUAGUGGCUGACGCGUUUGUCAUAAUGAUCCCUGCUACACCAGCAACAUAAAAAGUUCUAAUUUCUACAAGACAUUUCAAAUGAGACAACCCAGAGGUGAUUGGCUUGCCACACCUACUAGGACAACUCAUGUGAUAACCAGGGAGAUACUGCAGUUAUGCGUUUCCAGUUUUUAAUUGUAUGAACGUAUGCUGCUUUGAUCAAAAAAUUGGCACCUGCUCCAUUAAUAUGAAAAUAUAUAUGUAAGGGCAUUUUUUAUUAGGAUUGAUGGCGUUGCCAGUAUGAGGUCUGUAACUCAUCAUUGUACCCAUGAGCACAGUAAUGGCCUCGGUAGGCUAUAGCCACUUGAUAUGUCUGCAUCAGUGACCCUGAUUCCCAUGAUAUCGGUGACAAGUAUGAUUCUAACAUGUCAAUGUCUAACAUGACAAGCUGCCGGUAGCGCGAUAGAGUAGGCUGCUGUAACCCAGAGCAUCAUGGGGCUCCUAUCCCUCACAGAGCAGCACUUCAGGCUGCCACGCUGUAACUGAAAUUCCAAAUGCAUCAAACCUGGGACAGAGUCAUCCCGGGAAGGAAAUUAGUAAUAAAAGCACACCGUUAAUUGUUACAUUUGAGAAAUUGCCGUGCUUUGCCCAUUUGGUGGAGCGGAUGGGAUACGGUGAAGACGUAAUUGAAUCCAUUCCAUUGGACAAUUCAAUCACAAAAAGGUGAUCUGUUUUCUACAGCAGUUUAUCUAACGGGCAACAUCACAAUGAAAAUACAAUCCAGUGAGGAAUUUCACUGUACAUGUUGUUAGGGAUGCACUAUCAACACAAGUACGGAUCCUUAAAUAUCAGACACCACCAUUACUUUUAAGAAAACAAUGUAGCUGUUGAAAACAUCAGAAACACAAGACAUUAACUUUACAUGUAAUGCACCAGGCGGCGCUCAUUCACUGUUCUUACUUACAAAAAGUCAUGCACUCCUAUUAUUCAUAUACAACCCACAUAAUCAGAAGCCAGCACAUGCAGGGCUGCAGGGCGAGUGGAUGGAUGGGUCAAACAAACAAACACAGGACAUCCACCCAGGAGGCACACACAGUACGUCCAGUUGUGUAACAAUUACUUUAACCUGAAAUACAAUAUCUUCCUAAAAUUAACCAAGUAAUUUUGUUUCCCAUUACUAACAAAGUGGUUCAAACAUUUUAAUGACAUUACAUACAUUUACAUCUUUUCCCAGACCUAACCAAGUAGUUUUGUUGCCUAAACAGGUUUUGCACCGCAAGGGUUUGCGUAGAUCCACUGAUUGCUCGUAUUGCUGGGCAUUUGUAGGAUAACGCACAAAGAAAUUGUGCAUAACAUUUCAAAGAUAUAUUAAAUAGAAAUAUAUAAUGGGAAAAUGUAAGGUAAAAUACCUUAUUUCAGCCAGAUAUUAGCCUAGUGGGGUAUCCUGAAUUGGUUCUUGGUGCAUCCCUACACUAUAUACGUUUAAUGAGCAGAUAGCUAGAUGUGUAGUGUGUUUUUCAGAACAGUAGCUAGCUAACUCUCAGGAAGCUGUGACCACAGUACUGUAUUAAAGGCUUGUUAUGGAAAUGAACAAAACAAAAUAGUCGGACAAAAGCAUUUUUAGUCAACAUUCUUGUGAUGAGGUCAGCGGCCAAAUGACACAUGACUUCACAGAGGCCCUGGUGAGUAAAGUUUCAGUUCGAUACAUGCAUGUACAACAGUACUACUCCGGGUUUCCAAGCUGGGCCUUUAAUACAAUAUGAAAACAGCCCUUAUGCUGAAUCUAAUGAUGCUGUCCAUGCAGGUUCUGCACAGACCUUAGCCUACAUCUAUCAACCAUCUUAGGUUAGGAGUAGUGGGCCCUCAUUCAAGAAAGGUUUUGUUCACUUUAACCUUGAAGUAACUGUGCAAGCAUUUCACAGAAGUACAAAAGAAAAAAAUGUAAAUGGUAUCUACAGACCUCAUCCAUUCGGCAUUGCAAGAAAUAUGUUUUGAUAUGUACAUGAUCAUUUGAGAAAAUUAGUGCACUUGCUGAGACAUUAGCAUGGUGAUUUUUUUUUUUUUUUUAAUAUCUAAUGGUAUAAAUGGCGGUGAUGUCUCUCAUAUAGUAUAUAGUGUGAUUCAGACAUCGCGCAUCUCUUAUUUGGGAAUUCUUUCACGGGCCCAGGAUAUACUUUGACAAAUCUACAAAAAUGGAAAUAAAGAAAAAAAAAAAAAAAGCCCUGAGGCCUUAGCGGUCACAUCAGGCUUCCUAGCAUCAUCACCUGUGUGAUCAUUGGUCUGGUCUACUCUCCGGGUACUCCUGUUCCUGAGGACUUGAUGAUGAACUGAGAAAUACCUUAAACAAGGAACUGACAAUACCUUAACCCUGAUGAGCACAUAUUUGUACCACUCCAGGUGCCUCUAAGAACUCUUGAUUUAAUUCAGAUGUGGUGCAGAACCAGCAAAACAAGUAGUGACACUGUAGUGUUUUUUCUACUAAAGACUACAAACUCUGACUGAAUCCUGAAGCUGGAUGGGUUCGAGUGCAGAUUUGAGGUCAAUUCAGUUUCAAGUUGAACAAUUCAAACUAAAAUUGUUAAGUUGUUUUUUUUUUCUACUUAAUUCGGAAACAUUUUGAUAUGUAUUACAAAAAAAAUAGCACUUGCUUUUAGUUUUUUUUUUUAAGUUGAACUGGACUCCAAAGCUGAAUUCACCUCAAUCUUGAAAUACAGAAUCACACAAAAGACGUGAAAAAGAACGACAAGCUAAUAAAAAAGGACAGAGUUGAUAAGAAGUCAUUUCCAGUCUCUAGCAACAGACACAAUGUUUGUUGACUUUGUAAAUGUUAUUGAUAUGUCAAUGAUUUCACCAUGGUUUUUAAUCAUGCAAUAUCAUGUAUAAAGACAUAAUGUUUGGGGUGGGACGGUUUGGGGGCAAAGUUGAAUACUGUCCAGUGACUUAUAUUAUAUAAUAGUUUACUUUCUGUUAACUCCUGAACUGCAGAUGUUGCCAAAAUACCAACAACUAUCAUGUGUUAACAUGAAAAAAAAAGAAAUAAUCUGUUUUUGUUUUGUAUAACAAAAGAAUGAUAUACUGAUAUUUGUCAAGUACUUCUGAUGAGAUCUUUGUUUUUUUGUGUUAACUGCAGAAUCUUUCCUUUUCGGUUAUGGUUUACUUUCUAUGUAUUUUGGUAUGAUGUAUGAUGAUUGUUGUUCUGUCACAUCAGACUUAACAUUUCAAAUUCAAUUUUGAUUGACUUAUGGAUGACUGCUUGUUGGAAAAACACCCAAAAAUGUAUAAAAGUCUAUUUAUAAAGUUGCUUGAUAAGUGGAUAAGUGGACAGAGUCUGAAAGAGGCUUGUUGCUUUUCAUGAAUUAUGACAUGCUGAUUUUGAUUUGAAAAUUAUAAUGUCUAAUUAAUUCCUAUUUGUGAAUAGUAUCCAACUCACCAUGAUGACAAUUUCUGUUAUUGAAACACAUUUUGAGAAGGUCGAAUAAAAAUAUUUUACAUUCAAAAA